ACAAGGGGGUUUCAGUGUUUUGGUGUAGCCACGUUCAUAAAUAGAACUGCUAACAUUCAUCAACGAAUUUAUCGAAGGUUACACGACUAUAAUAAAAAAUAUCCUCAUAGCAAUAAAUGUUAGUUAACUGCACUAACAACAUCGCUGUUAUUAUUCAUAGAAUACAAUGGAAGGAAGAUACAAUACAAGAAGUCCAGCUGUGAAGCGAUUAAUGAGAGAGGCUCAAGAGCUAAGUGAACCCACAGAUCAGUAUUAUGCUCAGCCAUUAGAGGACAAUCUGUUUGAGUGGCAUUUUACAGUUCGAGGCCCAGCUGAUUCAGACUUUCACAAUGGAAUAUAUCAUGGGAGAAUCAUUUUGCCUGUUGACUAUCCAAUGAAACCCCCAAGCAUUAUAUGGCUAACACCAAAUGGUCGUUUUGAAACAAACAAAAAAAUCUGUUUAAGUAUCUCUGGUCAUCACCCUGAAUCUUGGCAACCAUCAUGGUCUAUUCGUACAGCUUUGCUGGCUAUCAUAGGAUUUAUGCCCACUCAUCCAGGAGGAGCUAUUGGGUCCUUAGACUACAAGCCAGAAGAAAGAAAAUUACUUGCUAAAAAGAGCAAGGAAUGGAAAUGCGCAGCUUGUGGUGAUAUCUCUAAUGUUUUGCUUGAAGUAAGCAGUGAAUCCAACGAAACAUCUAAAGAAGCUAAAGAGUUAGCAGCACAGAUCAAUUUUCAGGGAGAGAAGCCAAAAAGUGCUGAGGGAGAUCCUACUGUUGUACCACCCACACCACCAUCAACAACAGCAGCUCCUGCUGAGACUUCUCCAAGUGUAACCCCACCAAGUGUAACUACUUCUGUCGAGCAACCUAGACCUGCUGGCCCAGAUGUUAACACCUAUCCUCAUAUGAUGGGAGCCAUGCCAAGCUUUCCAUCUCCAAUAGGUGUCAACCCUAUACCCCCUUUCUUUCCCCAGUUUUCAUGGAAUCUAGCUUUUAACACAAAUGUUAGCCAAGCAGCUGCUUCUCCUGCUCUAAUGAUGCCUAGAUUCCCAUACCCCCCGAGUCACUACAGUACUUACUCCUUUUACCCACCUGGCUGUUCCCUGCCGCCAGGUGUGGGCAUGUUCCCCUGCCCAUACCCAGAACAGAGGACACAACAAACUGCAAGAAAUGUUUUUUCCCUUCCACAACAUACCCAGAUUCCAGUCAAUUUUUCAGCAAAUUCUAUAACCUCUCUUACACCUGGUUCACCCCCUGAUGUGCCACAAGGAAACUUGCAACCAAGUGAUCCACAACUUGAUGCUGUAGCCAGCCCAUCCAACCUUCCUAGUAAGUCAGCUGUGAGCAAUGCAAGCUCAUCAAAUGAUGAAACAAUGGUCAACAAACAACCUCGCCCUACCACUACUGAUUUGCCUACAUGUGCCUGUCCUCCCAAUUCUUUGCUAUUGAAAGAGCUUCUUCAAAAGGUUAAACGUGUAGGAUCAGAUGAGCUAGUAGCUGAAAAUGUAACAGCUUAUCCAGGAAGUUUAGAACAGCUAUCUGUACCAAAGUCAGAUUUAACACAAAAUACAGAGACACAAGAUGUACCAACAGCUGGUCAGGGUGCAACUGCAUCACCUGUAUCUGAGAAACCUGAGAUUGAAAGCACUUCUGGUUCAUUGCACAGGGAGGAAUCUCUCUCUGGAGUGGCAGAUGCUACUGAUGUUGACCAGAACAGUGAUGCAGAUGUGCCUCCCCUGGAGAAUUCAGAAGCUGAACAAAGAUCUAUCUUUGAAAAGAGCACCAGCAGCUCAAUGUCUGACUUAGAUAAAAAGCGCAAAAAAGCUGCUAAAGGUCUUCGCCAAAGACAGUCAGCUCCUGGGCAGGUACAGGCUGAAGAGGAUGAUGUUCAAAACUCUGAGACUUCAGAGUUACAUAGAAUUGAAGCCUCUUCAGGAGACACUAGUCAACAGUUGCCGCGUGGAAAUCAUCACCAAGGGGCCAGAGGUGUGAAUUUAGUACGUGCACAAGCUAGGGGAGUUAGGCCAGUGGCACAAAGACAAUCUAACUAUGAUGCUUCCUUCAUUGUAAUGCUUGGUUUGAGUGUAACCACUGCUAUUAUUCUGCUAAACCGGUUGCUUCAGUUUGUGGACUGGUCAGAGCUGUUUUCUAACUCAGUCUGGGAGUAACUGUGUUACACUCUAAGCACUAUGGUAUACUUCUUAUUGAUAAGAAAAAAAACAUUUAAAAUUUCUGAGAAUUUUUAAAAAUGAAAUUUUUUUUUCAAGCAUGUUUCUAAGCAAUGUGGAUAUCUGGCAUUGUUUUUUUUUUUUAAAGUGUAUCCUUUAAAAAGAAAAUACUAUUUAGUGUAAUAAACAUAAGGGAAAUGUUGCUAUCAGACUCUAAUUGUAUAUCAAUGCAUAAAGAUUGGUUUGUAUCCCAUGUCAAAAAAAUAUGUAGCUAGUGUGCCACGUCAUAUUUUAGAUAAAUAACACUCUUCUAAGUUUUUUAGUUAAAUAUCUGAACACAAGUAAUAGUAAUGGUUGUGACCCAUUUUCAUUGUCUACAAAGCUUUUUAAAAUUAAAUAAAACCUCUGGGGUAAAAAUCUAGUGUUAUUUUUAAUUAAGACCAUGUAUAGUUAGAACUUUAUUGUAUACAAAGUAGCAAUCAUUGCAUACCUAGAAAACUUUGUCUAUAUUGGGGUUCCUUAUGAUGGUAUGUAUAAUAUUGGGAGUUAAUGAUGGUAUUUACAGUAAUUGUUUUAAAAUAAAUAGAACUUGUGUUGACAUUUUUACUAGCCUGUGAUAAUAUACUUUAUAUUUAUCUUAUCUGAUUUCCUGAUCAAUUCAAACUUCAGACUAAAUUUGACCUUAAAAUUUUGCUUUUAUUAUGUUCAGCUUUUUGUUAAAUUGUUCAAGAUAAUUUUCAAUUGCAAAUAAAACCGUACUUGUACAUUGGGAACAGUUGUAAAACAUAUGGUAUAUGUUUAGUGCAUCUGCAUCCUGAGUAACAUAGUUUAGUUGCUUAAUGUUUUCAAGUCUGUUUUAAUGUGAUUUUUAAGAAAUAACCAGGACACCAACUGAAUAAACUCAAGUCUCUAAG